AUGCCUCCUAAAUUGCCUCAUAAGAUUAGAAAGUUUUAUUAUGGAUGUGAGAAGCGUAAGAAAAAUAAAAGACUUGAUGAUCUAACUCAAUCUCAAUCAGGAGCUCUUGAUAAAUUUAUUAUAAAAGAACCACAAAUUUCUGUUGAAAAUCAGAAUGUUGAUGUUGGAAUUAUUGAAAAUAUGAAGGAAAAUAUUAAUGUUAAUGCUACCGGAAAUGAUAGUUUAGAUGCUGAAAAUAUAGAGGAAAAUGCUAACGUUAAUGAUAUUGAAAAUGAUAAUUUAGAUGAUACAAAUGUUGAUAAUGCUAAUGAAAAUGCAACAAAAGAUCCUAAAAGAGUUGUGUCUAUUGUGAAGGAUCCUAAAGAUAAAUCAUCUAGAUGUUUUACGGCUAAUUUGUAUACUAGAAUUUUACCAAAUUGA